CAUAGUGACGGGAGACGCACAACUUCUGUUGUUUUGUUGACAAGGUCAAGUUGCCCUGGUCAUUCUAUGCUUGGAUCUCGAGGCAAAAACAUGUCAGAAGUUUACGGAGAGACGAAACAAGCGUCAGAAAGCUUUCUUCAGAUGUCAGAGAUGCCUCAAGUGUCCUUUUUGACCUUGGACGGCAAGUACCACGUCUGUGGACAGGAUGCUGUGUACUACACAGAUGAUAACGGUACAGAACGGUUUGUAGAGGGCGGGACAGUCGACCUGUGCCUGACAGAGGACGAGUGGGGUCGCGUCAUGCCGAUAGACGAUGGGUACGGGCCGGAUUUCAUCUUGAAGAAAUAUCUCGAAUGCGAAGUUUAUGAGGAGAUAGCGCAAGAUGCUCAAGAAUGUGAGGAGAAAGUGUGCGUCCAAGAUCACGACGACAUGGAGGCGGGAAAGUGGAAUUUCCCAUGGUUUAGUGCUUGGAGCGUUGAAGAGUUCCUGGAUGAGAUGGAAAAUCUCCAGAAACCAAAGGAGGUAAACAACAUUAACAGCAUCAAGGCAACCAGCCACACGCCUCAGAAUGACGGAGAAGUGUCCAAGCAGUUUAAGAAGUAUCAGCCCCACAACCAACCACAUGUGGAGAGUCAGAGGAUGUGGGAAGACGGCAUGACUAUCUACAUGUCGGAGAGUGAUCUGGAUCAACAGCUUCUGGGACAUGCAGAGGGUACAUUGAGUCAGAACUUGUGGGAAGAUGGCAUGUCCAUCUACAUGUCGGAGAGUGAUCUGGACAAACAACUGCAGCUUCUGGGGCACGAUGAGGGUUCGUUGAGUCAGAACUUGUGUGAAGACGGCAUGACCAACUACACGUCAGAGAGUGAUGGUUGGACCAUCUACACGUCGGAGAGUGAUGGUUGGACCAUCUACGCAUCGGAGAGUGAUCUGGACAAACAACUGCAGUUUGUAGGGCAUGCUGAGGGUUCGUUGAGUCAGAACUUGUGGGAAGACGGCAUGACUAUCUACAUGUCAGGGAGUGAUCAGGACCAACAACUGCAGCUGUUAGGACAGACUGAGGUUCCCAUGCUGUAUGAGAGUGAGAAUAUCUACCAUCCAGUCACAAAGAAAGCUACCAGACUGUCCAGGUACGACCUACAUCACGGGCCAGAUCACAACGCUCGCUCACCAAGUCGUCCUCUGAUUGGUAGUCGUGGUGACAGCAAGGGAAGGAUCGUUUUGGAUUGGUGUUUGUUGGAAACAUCCUUGCUUGUGUACACCACAGCUGGUGCAGGGCACCAGAGGAAAGAAGUUCACAAGACAACCCGAAAGAGAAGACUGCAGCAGACAUCUAUGUACAUUAAGCAGCCGUUCAGUGGUGUCGUUUUUGAGAAAGUUUGUUUCCCCUACAUCUGCUGUUCCUGUUGGCUUCUUCUCAUGGGUUUACCAAGUCUUUUUACCCUUGUGUUUGGGUUACAAAAGUUUGGUAAGUGUGUGGGAAAAGGCCAGCAGGGGCAGCAACACCGGUAACCUCCCACAUGACAGAGAACAGGUCCUACAUCAUCGAUCUGACUUGGCAUUACAAGAUGGAGGACAUGUUUUCUGUUGUGUCAGAGGUUGCCAUGGUUACUGACAACCAGACUAUGGUUGCCAGGUAACCCCAGUAGCUACCCCUUUUUGUGUGCACCUAUCAGUGUGAAGCUCAACAAUCUGUCCACAUGUUCUAUGUAUCAUCAACAUGCAUAAAUACAUUGGCUUCACAUUGGUAAGUACACUAAAAAUAUCGUUCUGACAGUUAGUCAUUCUGUUUUUAGUUGCUUUCAGUAUCUUUUAUAUACAUCCCUACAAUACAAACUCUAACUUGAACAGCACACCCACUACUUUGUCAGGAAAGACAUGCAUUGUAAUAAAUUUCCUUCUCUUAAUAGAACUGUCCAUUUUAUACAAUAUGCCUGAAGGUAGAAAGAAUAAAACUAAAAUCAAAAGGCUAACAUAAUGGUAGAAAAUGUUUAAUGUCUCUCAGUUUGUCAAAUAUUGUUAUACUUCAUGUACAAAUCUAUAAAGACAUGGUUUUUAA